AUGAAGGUGGAUAUCAUGAAAGCUUAUGAUAGUGUGAGAUGGGAUUUUAUUCUUGAUAUUCUCAAGGCUAUGGCCUUUCCUCCUGUCAUGGUUUCUUGGAUCAAGGCCUGCAUCACUAGCCCUUCUUUUUCAAUUUGUAUCAAUGGUAGCCUUCAUGGCUAUUUUAAAGGGGCUAGAGGUUUAAGACAAGGUGACCCUAUGUGCCCUUACUUAUUCGUUUUGGCCAUGGAAAUCCUGGCCAAAAUCUUGGCGGAGAAAGCAAAGCAUCCUCUCUUUAAGUUCCAUUGGAAGCGUGAGAAGACAAAAAUCAUCAAUCUUUGCUUCGCUGAUGAUCUCAUGAUCUUUAGCAGAGGUGAUGCCUCUACUGUUAAGCUCAUUAUGGAAGGCCUUAAGGAGUUUUCAUCCCUGUCUGGCCUAAUUCCUAAUCCCAGCAAAAGCAACAUCUACUUUUCUGGUUGUGAUAUGGGGUUGAGAGCUUCUAUUCUUGAGAUUGCUAAGUUUAAUGAAGGUACUCUGCCUGUUAGGUAUCUUGGUGUCCCUUUAAUUACCACUAAGUUGAGGGCUGCUGAUUGUGGUCCUUUCAUUGAUAGGAUUACCAAAAGAGUGAAGAGUUGGACCAAUAGAGCUUUAUCUUACGCUGGUAGAAGCCAGCUCAUUCAAUCCAUUCUCUUUUCUAUGCAAGUGUACUGGUCCUCCCUUUUCAUUCUUCCCAAGAAGGUCAUUAGGGAGAUUGAUAGUAUUCUUAAAGCCUUCCUUUGGUCUGGUACUGAUCUUAAAACUCAUAGUGCCAAGAUUGCUUGGGAUUCUGUGUGUGCUCCUAAAAAUGAGGGAGGUUUGGGCUUUAAAUCUUUAGAUAUUUGGAAUAAAGCGGCCAUAGCUAAACACAUUUGGUUUUUGUUUUCUGGGGGUGAGGGAUCGAUGUGGUGUCAGUGGGUCAAAUCCUACUUAUUAAAGGGGAAGAGUUUCUGGAAAGUUAAGGUUCCUAAUGAUCCUUCUUGGCCUCUUGGUCCAUUGUGGAACAAAUUCGGGGAUAGAAUUAUUUAUGAUUCUGCCCUUAACAGUGAAACAAAAGUCAGUAAAAUCAUUGAUGGGUCUUCUUGGAAGUGGCCUACUCCCAACUCUUGGGAAAUUCAGGAGCUAAUCUCCUCUACUCCUGUGUGUUUUCAUCCCAAUCCUUCCAGCACUGAUCAAGCUUUUUGGAAUCUUACCACUGAUGGUAAGUUUUCCAUUCAAUCAGCUUGGAAUCAUUGGAGAAAGAAAUUCGAUAAAGUGGUUUGGCAUAAGCUUGUGUGGGGCCCUCAUAGAAUCCCUAAAGUCAGCUUUAUUGUUUGGGUGGCUCUUGACAAUAAACUUUAUACUGGUGAUAGACUCCGUAUGUUUGGCUUGACCACUAGCUCUCAAUGCCCUUUUUGCCUCAUCCGGGAGGAAAGCCAUUCGCACUUAUUCUUUGAGUGCAUCUUCUCUAGCAGAGUCUGGAGUGCCAUUGAAGCUGCUUGUAACAUUAAGUGGCCUGUUCUUGGUUGGCCUGACAGUGUUACUUUUGCUACUAAGGAGACCAAAGGGUUUAUUACAAUGUUUAAGCACUGCGGUGGCUGUCUGGAUAGGGAUAUAUGCUAUUCGUCUGAUGGCUGUGGCUGUGAUGAUACUCCUCUGCUGGGCAGAUUGGGUGGGAUGUCUACUGGGUUGAUUUGGACUGUUUCUGGAUGUGUUCAUGGUCCUCAUUCGAUGGUGAGCAGUAGGAUGUCCAGCCUUAGAGAUGUUGAAGGUUACCCAAGUUUUGGGAUGUCAGCCAUGGAGUGCCUCUCGGAUGAGGCUUUUUUAAGAGAUGCUACUUUGGAUACUAUUCUAGUAGUUAAAGAAUUUCUAGAUGUGUUACCGAAAGAAUUGCCAGGGGAAUUGAUUAAUCGAGAAAUUGAGUUUACAAUUGAAGUCAUGUUGGAUACUUAA